GCCCCCUGUCGGCUCCUGGAAGGCGGCCUCUUCGGGACGGGGUGAGGCCGGGCCCGCAGGGAGCGAGCUUCGCUCGCGAUGGACGCCGUGCUGGCCUCUGCGCCCGCGGUCGCCGUGUCCCCGGGAGACCCGGAGCUGCUGGGGCCCCUGUCGGUGUUGUACGCUGCCCUCGUGGCCCGGCUUCUGGAGCUAGUUGCUACUCUGCCUGAGGACGCUCAGCCUGGACCUGAUUUUUAUGGACUACCCUGGAAGCCUGUGCUUCUAACUGCCGUGUUGGGAAUCAUUUCAUUUGCCAUUUUCUUCUGGAGAACUGUUCUUGCUGUAAGGGAGAGAAUCUAUCAAGUCACUGAACAGCAGAUUGCUGAAAAGGUGAAGAAUACCACAAAGGCAAAUACAGAGCUUGUACAGAAAUUGUCAGAUUAUGAACAGAAGAUCAAGGAAUCAAAGAAGCUUGUUCAGGAUACCAAGAAAGAAAAUAUGAUUCUCUCCGAGGAAGCAAUUAAAUAUAAGGAUAAAAUCAAAGUACUUGAAGGAAAUAGUGAAAUUCUGGGUGACACAGCUAAAAAUCUUCGUGUUAUGUUAGAAUCUGAGCAAGAAAAGAAUGUGAAAAAUCAGGAUUUGAUACUGGAAAAUAGGAAAUCUAUAGAGAAGUUAAAGGACGUUAUUGCAGUGAAUGCCUCAGAAUUAUCAGAGGUCCAGAUUGCCCUGAAUGAAGCCAAGGUCAGUGAAGAAAAGGUGAAGUCUGAGUGCCAGCAGGUCCAAGAGGAAAAUGCGAGGCUGAAGAAGAAGAAAGCGCAGCUGGAACAGGAAGUCAAAGACUGGAAGAAGUUGAAUGCUGAGCUCAGUGAGCAGAUCACGUCCUUCGAGAAGUCUCAGAGGGAACUGGAAGCUGCUCUGGCUCAUAAAGAUGAUGGUAUCGGGGCCCUGACCAAUUGCAUCAUGCAGUUGGAUCGAUUAGAGUGUAGACCUGAGUCUGAGGGUCCAGGUCCAGGAGGAACUGAGGCAGAUGAAUUAGCCAAUGGAGAAGUGGGAGGUGACCAGAAUGAGAUGAGAACUAAAAUUAAGCAGAUGCUGGAUGUCUCCCGGACCCAGACCGCAAUCUCGGUGCUCACGGAGGAUCUCAAACUUUUACAAGCCAAGCUGAGAGCCUCGAUGUCCACCAAGUGUGACCUGGAAGGGCAGAUAGAGAAGCUGGGCCAGAGCUGCGGGGUGCUGCAGUCCACCAAGGCCGGGCUGGAGGAGGAGUACAGGACGCUGCGGCAAAAGGUGGAGAUCCUGAACGAGCUGUACCAGCAGAAGGAGAUGGCACUGCAGAAGAAGCUGAGUCAGGAAGAGUAUGAGCUGCAGGAGCGAGACCAGUGGCUGUCGGCUGCAGACGAGAAGGUGGUGCUGGCCACAGAGGAAGUCAAAGUGUGCAAGCGGAGAAUUCAAGAAAUGGAGGAAGAAUUACAGAAAACAGAGCGCUCCUUUAAAAACCAGCUUGCUACUCACGAGAAGAAGGCCCAUGAGAACUGGCUCAAAGCACGCAGUGCAGAAAGGCAGCUCACUGAGGAGAGAAGGGAAGCCGCUAACCUGAGGCACAAAUUGCUGGAACUGACCCAGAAGAUGGCGAUGCAGCAGGACGAGCCUGUGAUUGUCAAGCCGAUGCCUGGACGACCUGGGACCCAGAACCCUCCCCAGAGAGGUACCCUGAGCCAGAACGGCUCCUUCGGCCCGUUCCCCAUGAGCCUGAGCGGAGGUGAAUGCUCCCCACCCCUGAGCACGGAGCCCCCCAGCCGGCCCAUCUCUGGAGCCUUCUCGCGAAGAGACCUGCCGAGGAAUGAGUUCGCUGCUGGCCCCCGCCCCGGCCCCAGUCCCGGUCCCAUGGUGAGCAGCGGCUCCCGAGGCUCCUCCCCAGCGAAGGGCCUGGAUGAGGGCAAGCAGACUGCUCCACAGGAGCCCAGCGUGACAUCUGCAGCCGAGCGUCCAGCAGCAGUUAACAUGGCCAUGAAGGGGCCCCCUGCUUUCCCAGGGCCACCAUUUAUGGGGGCCCCUCUGCCACCACCUGUUGGAUAUGGACCACCACCACCGCUCUGCGGGCCUUUCGGACCUCAGCCAAUGCCUGGGCCACCUCCGCCUUUCGUUCCGUGUAUGUACCCACCACUGGGCCUGAGAGAGUUCGCCCCAGGCACCCUGCCAGGACAUGCACCAUUCAGACCUCCGGGCCCGCUUAACCCUAGACAGUAUUUUCUUCCUGGUCCGAGACUGCCACCACCGCCUUCCGGCCCCCAGGAUUACCCACCACCACCUGCCGAAGGAGACUCACUGCCCGUGGGCCCCAGAGAGAAGCACGCGCCUGCCUCUCCAUACAGCAGCCGGGACUCCUCGCAGACUGUGAGGCAGAGCCCGUGACUCUGACUCCAGUCAGAAGGAAGUGGGCUGCACUGUUCACAUGGCAAAAGGUUUUCAUCAGCUUUGAAAUCCAAAAGUUUAUUUUAAAAGGUUUUUAGUACUAAGCUGCCUUGGGCAGUGUGCAUUUUUGAGCCAAACAAUUCAAAAGUCUCAUCUUCCCCCUCUUAAAAAUUGCCUAAGCUCGAGUGUCCUUUCAACUUUGAAAUCUCCAGUAACAAUACCUGUUUUAGUUAAUGUAGCAUAUAUAAUUGCAAAGUGAUUCAGAAUGUCCUAAAAAAUGACCAUUUCCUGUGGAAAUGCUUUAAGAACACAUUUCCAUUGUCCAUUUUUAGUGUACCAACUGAAUACAGAGCAGUUGUGUUUAUAAGCUGGCCCACACCUUCCCCCGCCCGUACUGGUCGAAAAGACUGUUACGUAAAGAUGUUUACUCAAUGAUCAUACAGUUUUUGUUGUUGUUGGUACCGAAGAUCGAACUCGGGUCCUUGCACUUGCACAGCAGGCAGUGAAACCACUGAGCUAAAUCCCCAGCAAUGAUCAUAAACCUUACCUCCCCUCUCAUUGAUGUCCUUUGUAGUAAUAGUUAAUAAAAACAAUAUUUCCAAGUGUC